AACAUUUCCUAUAUAAACCCUACACCAUGUGCAACAACUCGACAAGCCUCUCCAUCGAUCACAUGUAUCCCUGCACAGUCGGCGCCACCAGCAUGGCUGGAAGCGUUGCCACCGUCGACUGCCAGAAACAAGUCCGGUCGUGGAGGCUUCUCCGCUCCCUCGCGGAGCUUCUCAUUCCAAGCUGCAACUGCACCAAAAUAGAACAACAUGAAAUCAAAGAAGAAAAUUACAUUCUUCCCACCACCUACUAUUAUUCUCCACAACCCUCUCGCAUAUCUUCCACUCUCAUCACUGGUACCAUAUUCGGCUUUCGCCAUGGAAAAGUUAGCCUAUGUAUCCAAACAAACAAUAACUUCACCAACCCUCUUCUCCUUCUUGAACUUGCAGUACCUACAAACAUUCUUGCUAGGGAAAUGAGAGGUGGAAUUCUUCGUAUAGCACUCGACUGCACUGCAAUAGAAAAUGAUGUAAAUUCUUACUCUCUUUUGUCUAUGCCAGUAUGGACUAUGUAUUGUAAUGGAAGGAAGGUAGGGUUUGCUGUGAAGCGUCGGCCUUCAAAGGCCGACAUGGAAGUAUUGAAGCAUUUGGAGUCAGUUGUCGUGGGUGCAGGCAUUAUAAGUGGUGAGGAACUGAUCAAUUGUGAGGAGAAUAUGAUGUACCUAAGGGGAAACUUUGAGAGAGUUCAUGGUUCAUCUGAGUCUGAGUCAUUCCAUUUGAUCGAUCCAGAUGGUAGUAUCAGUCAGCAGCUAAGUAUUUUCUUUAUUCGCUCGCGGUGUUAG